AUGGGCAGGCCUUGCCGCACCCUCAUUGUCCUGCCCAGUCCAAACCUGCCCUCCUGGGCCAGCCAUGCUCGGUCCUUUGAAGACCCCUCCCAGAGCCUGGGGGCCCUUCUCCCCUCAGCUGGGGGAGGAAGCCGUCUCCCGUCCAGCCUGCCCUGGGAGGCUGCCCCCUGGUGGCUGCGCCCGGAAGACACCCGUGGGGGGUCCGCCCAGCCUCAGGGCACCUUGGCCAGCGAGCAGCUCACCCCCAACUCUUUCCAAGCCCCUGCCGGCAUGGGAAGGGAGCUCCACCUGGGUGCACUGCCCCCGCUUCACUGUGUGAUGGGUGCUGGUGCUGCCUUACCCCACCAGGGAGAGCUCUCCCUCCAGCCCAAAGUGUCCACGGCAGGAGCGGGCAGCAAGGAGGAGGCUGCGGAGGCCAUCCUGGGAGGGGUGGGCAUCGGUGGGCACGUGCUGGACGGCCUGGGUCUUGGGACCUGCGGUGUGGCAGGUCAGCAGACACCCAUCAGCUGGCCCAGCACCUGCCUGGCCACAUGGGGUCCUUGGGAGCUGAGGCAAGUGGGCAGGGCCUUGCACCGGGGCCCUUCCGUGCUGGAGAGCCGGGGCUCCCGGCUGGCCUGCACAUCGCAGGCCCUGCUCGCCCCCAUCUCCCAUCGGCAAGGGAACCGCAAGUACACAGCGCUUGCUGAGGGCUCCCACAGUGGGGGCCGAGGCGGGGCCGGCCGGCUGGAGCAGGGCCCGCUGGGCUCCAAGGCCCUCGUUCCCAGCGUGGGGAACGGCUGCGGCUGGCGGCGGAGCUCUGGGCGAGGUCGGGCAGCCCGGGCGGGCGGCAGGUUUCUGGGCGGGCUGGGGGAGCUUGGCAGCCCGCCCCAAGCCCCUCCUCCUGCCCGCCUAGGCCCCACCCCAGACCAGAGUGCCGCCCCCACUGCGUUCCCUCCGUCCCUUGCGCGCUGGUGGCGUGGGCGGGCGCCACCUCUUCUGGACUCAGCCCUCCCCUGCACCCCUCCCCCCGGGGGCGAGCCGCCUCGGGUGGGCACAGCGGCCCCAGACAUCCAUCGGGAAAUCGAGGCGCAGAGAAGCCUGCAGUGGGCGGGGGCUUGGGUCUCCUCGCCACCGGCAGUGUGGGCACCUGCAGAGAGGGCUUCCCCAAGCCCGGCCCGUGUGCCGGAGCUGGCGUCCAUCACUGCUGUGUCUUCGUGGAUAUCUGGCCGGCAGCUGCAGCCUGAGGAGCCGGACGCAGACACAGAAGAGGACCACUCUGUAACGGAAGGGCCCGUGGACGAGAUCAUUCGGCCACGGCCACAGGGGUCCUCCCCUGUGUAUGAAUACACUGUGGAGGGUGCUAGCUCUGGACUCCCGGAGGACACACCGAGGCGGCGGGCUUCCUCGGGCUCUGGGGGACGGAGAUCCUGGUGGAAGCGAGAUUCGGGGGACUCCCAGACAUUCUCCAGGAUGAGUGGUCCGCAGUCCAUGCAGGAGGCGACAGAGGUGACGCUGAUGACCGAGGCGGAAGCUGGAGCCAGCGGCUACAGCGUCACAGGUGGUGGGGACCAGGGGAUUUUUGUGAAACAAGUCCUGAAGGACUCGUCAGCUGCCAAGCUCUUCAGCCUGAGAGAAGGGGAUCAGCUGCUCAGCACAACCAUAUUCUUUGACAACAUUAAAUAUGAAGACGCUCUCAAAAUUCUUCAGUACUCAGAGCCUUACAAGGUGCAGUUCCAAGUCAAACGGAAACGUCCUGCCACAGAGGACGAGGAAGGCGCUGCCAGGGGGGCUCAGCAUGGCCCGAAGGGCAGUGAGAAGCAGGACAAAGAUGUGGCUGAUGGCUCCACGGAGACCCCCACACAGACCCUGGAAGGGGGAGGAGACCAGGAGAGACUGCUCGCCAAGCCCAGGGAGGGCAGACGCAGGCGGCCCCAAAAAGAGAGGCUGUCCUGGCCCAAAUUCCAGUCAAUAACGAGCAAGCACAUGCCGGGACCGCGGAGGUCACACAGCUCCUCAGAGGCUUACGGGCGGGGAGAUGCACCUGACGUGUCCCCCACGAGCACAGACACGGAGGCCCAGCUCCCAGCAGAGGAUCAGGAGCAGAAGGCGGGACCGGACGGCCAGCGGAGAGGGAGGUUCCUGAACCUCAGGUUCAGGAUGGGCUCAGGGAAGGGUCCGACGCUGGAGGGGCGACCAAGCAGAGGGGUCCAAGGUGGAGCUCUCCAGGCCGGGGUCGUGGAGGAGGCCGGAUCCUGCGAGGACAGACAAGAGGCCCCCGAGGCCACUGUGCAAAGCAGGGGAGAGGACGGGACGGCAGAGGUACCAGCGGGGACACCCAUAGAGCCUGGAGCCCCCAGCCGGGGAGCCCUGGGGGAAGGGGCCAGUGUGGCGUCUAGGCGCCGAAAAGAAACAAAGGAGGUGACAGACCCGGAGGACGCUGUGUCAGAGGGGGAGCCUGGGGUGAGCUCAGCCCCACAAGGCGGGGAGGGCCUCAGGGAGGUGGCUCAGGGCAUGGAAAUUGGGAUUGCCAGAUCGGCUCUGCAAGGCAAAGGAGACGCACAGGGCCGUCAACCAGAAUUCCAAAUCCAAAUACCCAGUUUAAAAACACCCGUGUUUAAAUUUUCCAAAGAAAGAAAGCAAGACACAGAAGGAGGCACAGCACCACUGGUCCAGGGGCACGGGCAGGGAGGGACCACGGCACAGGAGACCCGCCCCGCGGGGGCGGGGGCACCAGGACCCCAGCUGGCAGCACCCGAGAAGCCCAAAGCGCACCUGCCAGAGCGGGAAGGAGGAGGAGCAGGGGGCGCUGAGGAAGGUCACAGGGGAAGAGGGAAGAAGGAUGGGGACAAGGACAAAGGAGGGAGGGAGGAGAGAUGGACAGUGCUCAAGUUCAACAUGCCCUCCUUCACGCGGUCGCCCAGAAAGGGCGCGAGAGCAGCCGGGGAGAAGCCCGCCCUGGCCUCGGACCAAGAAACGGGAAGCACCGUGACAGUGAAGCCACUACAGGCAGAAGGCAAAGAAAUCCUAGAAGACAAAGAACGAGACACAAGAGGGGGGCAGCCACCAGGACCAGAGGAACGAGGACCGGAGCUUGAGAGGGAGCAAGGGGACCUGUCACUGGGAGACCAGGAGGUGGCCGCCACAGACGGCAAGUUCAAGAUGCCGUCCUUCGGUGCGUCGGCGCCAAGCAAGGAUUUGGGAACAUCUGUGGACGUGUCGGGGCCCAGGGUCAGAGCCGAGGCCACACUGCCCUCCCUGGGAGGAGAGGUGCGAGCCCCAGAGGGUGCCGUCCAAGUGCCCAGUGCUGAUACCGACCUCCCUGGGGAAGAGCUGGAGGUGUCCCCCCCCGAGGGAGAGGUGGCUGUGUCCGGGCUGGAGGGCAAAGCAGCAGGGGUCAAGAUCAAGGGCCAGCUCCCCAAAGUGCAGAUGCCCAGCCUCAAGAUGGCCAAGGUGGACAUCAAGGCCCCCCAGGUGGACAUCAAGGGGCCCAAACUGGACCUGAAGGGCGCCAAAGGGGAAGUGAGUGUCCCCGACAUGGAGGUGUUGCUACCCACCGUGAAUGUGGAUGCACAGGUGCCCGGUGCCAAGGUGGAGGGUGCCCUGUCCGUGGGAGACAAGGAGGUAGCUGCCAGAGAGAGCAAGUUCAAGAUGCCCAAGUUCAAGAUGCCUUCCUUCAGCAUGUCAGUGCCAAGCAAGGAUUUGGGAACAUCCGUGGACAUGGAAGUGUCAGUGCCCAAGGUCAGAGCCGAGGCCACACAGCCCUCUCUGGGAAGGGAGGUGCAAGCCCCAGAGGGUGCCAUCCAAGUGCCCACUGCUGAUAUCGACCUCCCUGGGGAAGAGCUGGAGGUGUCCAUCCCUGAGGGAGAGGUGGCUGUGACCGGGCCAAAAGGCAAAGCAGAAGGGGUCAAGAUCAAGGGCCAGCUGCCCAAAGUGCAGAUGCCGAGCCUCAAGAUGCCCAAGGUGGACAUCAAGGCCCCCCAGGUGGACAUCAAGGGGCCCAAACUGGACCUGAAGGGUGCCAAAGGGGAGGUGAGCACCCCUGACAUGGAGGUGUCCCUACCCAGUGUGGAGGUGGACACCCAGGUGUCCGGUGCAAAGGUGGAGGCUGACCUGUCACUGGAAGUCAAGGAGGUGGCUGCCAGAGACAGCAAGUUCAAGAUGCCCAAGUUCAAGAUGCCAUCCUUUGGCACGUCGGCGCCAAGCAAGUCCUUGGAAGCCUCUGUGGCUGCGUCCCUGCCCAAGGUCCAGGCUGAGGUUUCCAUGCCCUCUAUCCAGGCCGACGUCAAGACCAGUGACGUGACCAUUGAGCUGCCAUCUGCCGACCUAGAUGUCAAGACUGCCUCGGUGGGCCUGAAGCUCCCUGAGGGGCAAGAGCCUGAGGGGAAGCUCCAGGAACCCUCGGCCACAGCCGGACUCAAAGGGCACCUACCCAAGGUGCAGAUGCCCAGCAUCAAAAUGCCCAAAGUGGACUUCAAGGCCCCCCAGGUGGACAUCAGGGGGCCCAAACUGGACCUGAAGGGCACCAAAGGGGAGGUUAGCGCCCCUGAUAUGGGGGUGUCCCUACCCACCAUGGAGCUGGACACUCAGGUGCUUGGCACCAAGGUAGAGGCUGACCUGUCCAUAGGAGACAAAGAGGUGGCCUCCAGAGACAGCAAGUUCAAGAUGCCCAAGUUCAAGAUGCCAUCCUUUGGUGCGUCAGUGCCAAGCAAGGAUUUGGGAACAUCCGUGGACGUGUUGGUGCCCAACGUCGGAACUGAGACCACACAGCCCUCCCUGGGAAGGGAGGUGCGAGCCCCAGAGGGUGCCGUCCAAGUGGCCACUGCUGAUAUCGACCUCCCUGGGGGAGAGCUGGAAGUGUCCUUCCCCGAGGGAGAGGUGGCUGUGUCUGGGCUGAAGGGCAAAGCAGAAGGGGUCAAGAUCAAGGGUCAGCUUCCCAAAGAGCAGAUGCCCAGCCUCAAGAUGGCCAAGGAGGACAUCAAGGCCCCCCAUGUGAACAUCAAGGCCCCCCAGGUGGACAUCAAGGGGCCAAAACUGGACCUGAAAGGCGCCAAAGGGGAGGUGAGAGCCCCCAACGUGGAGGUGUCCCUGCCCAGGGUGGAGGGGGACGCCCAGGUGUCCUUCGCCAAGGUGGAGUCUGACCUGUCCCUGGAAGACAAGGAGGUGGCCAUCAGAGACAGCAAGUUCAAGAUGCCCAAGUUCAAGAUGCCGUCCUUCGGUGCAUCGGUGCCAAGCAAGGAUUUGGGAACAUCCGUGGAUGUGUCAGUGCCCAAGGUCAGAGCCGAGACCACACUGCCCUCCCUGGGAGGGGAAGUGCGAGCCCCAGAGGGUGCCAUCCUAGUGCCCGCUGCUGAUAUUGACCUCCCGGUUGGAGAGCUGGAGGUGUCCCUCCCCGAGGGAGAAGUGCCUGUGUCCGGGCUGAAGGGCAAAGCUGAAAGGGUCAAGAUCAAGGGUCAGCUGACCAAAGUGCAGAUGCCCAGCCUCAAGAUGCCCAAGGUGGACAUCAAGGCCCCCCAGGUGGACAUCAAGGGGCCCAAACUGGACCUGAAGGGCGUCAAAGGGGAGGUGAGUGCCCCUGAUGGGAAGGUGUCCCUUCCCAGCAUGGAGGUGGACUCCCAGGUUCCCGACGCCAAGGUGGAGGCUGACCUGUCCGUGGGAGAAAAGGAGGUGGCUGCCAGAGACAGCAAGUUCAAGAUGCCCAAGUUCAAGAUGCCGUCCUUCAGUGCAUCAGGACUAAGCAAGUCCUUGGAAGCCUCUGCGGAUGCGUCCCUGCCCAAGGUACAGGUUGAGGUUUCCAUGCCCUCUAUCCAGGCCGACGUCAAGACCAGUGAUGUGACCUUUGAGUUGCCAUCAGCCGACCUAGACAUCAAGACUGUCUCGGUGGGCCUGAAGCUCCCUGAGAGCCAAGAUCCCAAGGGGGAACUCCAGGAACGCUCAGCCGCAGGCGGACUCAAAGGACUCCUGCCCAAGAUGCAGAUGCCCAGUAUCAAAAUGCCUAAAGUGGACUUCAAGGACCCCCAGGUGGACAUCAAGGGGCCCAAACUGGACCUGAAGGGUGCCAAAGGAGAGGUGAGUGCCCCUGACAUGGAGAUGUCCCUACCCACCGUGGAGGUGGAUGCCCAGGUUCCUGAGGCCAAGCUGGAGGCUGACCUGUCCGUAGGAGACAAGGAGGUGGCUGCCAGAGACAGCAAGUUCAAGAUGCCCAAAUUCAAGAUGCCGUCCUUCGGUGCGUCGGAGCCAAGCAAGGAUUUGGGAACAUCCGUGGACAUGUCGGUGCCCAAGGUUGGAGCCGAGGCCACAUUGCCCUCCCUGGGAGGGGAGGUGCGAGCCCCAGAGGGUGCCGUCCAAGUGCCCACUGCUGAUAUCGACCUCCCUGGGGGAGAGUUGGAGGUGUCCCUCCCCAAGGGAGAGGUGGCUAUGUCUGGGCUGAAGGGCAAAUCAGAAGGGGUCAAGAUCAAGGGUCAGCUGCCCAAAAUGCAGAUGCCCAGCCUGAAGAUGCCCACGGUGGACACCAAGGCCCCCCAGGUGGAUAUCAAGGCCCACCAGGUGGACAUCAAGGGGCCCGAACUGGACCUGAAGGGCACCAAAGGGGAGGUGAGCGUCCCCGACAUGGAGGUAUUCCUGCCCUGCAUGGAGGUGGAUGCCCAGGUGCCUGGCCCCAAGGUGGAGGCUGACCUGUCCCUGGGAGACAAGGAGGUGGCCACCAGAGACAGCAAGUUCAAGAUGCCCAAGUUCAAGAUGCCGUCCUUUGGUGCGUUGGUGCCAAGCAAGUCCAUGGAAGCUUCUGUGGACGUGUCCCUGCCCAAGGUCCAAGCUGAGGUUUCCAUGUCCUCCAUCCAGGCUGACGUCAAGACCAGUGACGUGACCAUUGAGCUGCCAUCUGCCCACCUAGACAUCAAGACUGCCUCGGUGGGCCUGAAGCUCCCUGAGGGUCAAGUGCCCGAGGGGGAAUGCCAGGAAACCUCGGCCGCAGGUGGACUCAAAGGGCAUCUGCCCAUGGUGCAGAUACCCAGUAUCAAAAUGCCCAAAGUGGACUCCAAGGCCCCACAGGUGGACAUCAGGGGGCCCAAACCGGACCUGAAGGACACCAAAGGGGAGGUGAGCGCCCCCAACAUGGAGGUGUCCCUACCCACCGUGGAGCUGGACGCCCAGGUGCCCAGCGCCAAGGUGGAGGCUGACCUGACCUUGGGAGACAAAGAGGUGGCCUCCAGAGACAGCAAGUUCAAGAUGCCCAAGUUGAAGAUGCCGUCCUUUGAUGUGUCAGUGCCAAGCCAGGAUUUGGGAACAUCCAUGGAUGUGGAAGUGUCACCGCCCAAGGUCAGAGCUGAGGCCACACUGCCCUCCCUGGGAAGGGAGGUUCAAGCGCCAGAGGGUGCUGUCCAAGUGCCCACUGCUGACAUCGACCUCUCGGGGGAAGAGCUGGAGGUGUCCCUCCCCGAGGGAGAGGUGGCUGUGUCCAGGCUGAAGGACAAAGCAGAAAGGGUCAAGAUCAAGGGCCAGCUGCCCAAAGUGCAGAUGCCCAGCCUCAAGAUGCCCAAGGUGGACAUCAAGGCCCCCCAGGUGGAUAUCAAGGCCCCCCAGGUGGACAUCAAGGGGCCCAAACUGGACCUGAAAGGCGCCAAAGGGGAAGUGAGCACCCCCGAUGUGGAGGUGUCCCUGCCCAGGGUGGAGGUGGAUGCCCAGGUGCCCGGUGCCAAGGUGGAGGCUGAUCUGUCCCUGGGAGACAAGGAGGUGGCCUCCAGAGACAGCAAGUUCAAGAUGCCCAAGUUCAAGAUGCCGUCCUUCGGCACGUCGGCACCAAGCAAGGAUUUGGGUACAUGUGUGGACGUGUCGGUGCCCAAGGUCAGAGCAGAGGCCACACUGCCCUCUCUGGGAGGGAAGGUACAAGCCCCAGAGGAUGCUGUCCAAGUGGCCACUGCUGAUAUCGACCUCCCAGGAGGAGAGCUGGAAGUGUCCCUCCCCAAGGAAGAAGUGGCUGUGUCCAGGCUGAAGGGCAAAGCAGAAGGGGUCAAGAUCAAGGGCCACCUGCCCAAAGUGCACAUGCCCAGCCUAAAGAUACCCACGGUGGACAUCAAGGCCCCCCAGGUGGACAUCAAGGGGCCCAAACUGGACCUGAAGGGCGCCAAAGGGGAGGUGAGCGCCCCCGACAUGGAGGUGUCCCUACCCACCGUGGAGGUGGAUGCCCAGGUGCCCAGCGCCAAGGGGGAGGCUGACCUGUCCAUGGGAGACAAGGACGUGGCCGCCGGAGACAGCAAGUUCAAGAUGCCCAAGUUCAAGAUGCCGUCCUUUGGCACGUCGGUGCCAAGCAAGUCCUUGGAAGCCUCUGUGGAUCCGUCCCUGCCAAAGGUCCAGGCUGAGGUUUCCAUGCCCUCCAUCCAGGCCGACGUCAAGACCAGUGACAUGACCAUUGAGCUGCCAUCUGCCGACCUAGACGUCAAGACUGCCUCAGUGGGCCUGAAGCUCCCUGAAGGACAAGUGCCCGAGGGGGAGCUCCAGGAACCCUCGGCCUCAGGCAGACUCAAGGGGCACCUGCCCAAGGGGCAGAUGCCCAGUGUCAAAAUGCCCAAAGUUGACUCCAAGGCCCCCCAGGUGGACAUCAGGGGGCCCAUACUGGACCUGAAGGGUGCCAAAGGGGAGGUGAGCACUCCAGACAUGGAGGUGUCCCUGCCCAGUGUGAAGGAGGACGCCCAGGUGUCCGGCGCCAAGGUGGAGGCUGACCUGUCUGUGGGAGAAAAGGAGGUGGCCUCCAGAGACAGCAAGUUCAAGAUGCCCAAGUUCAAGAUGCCAUCCUUCGGCGUGUCAGCACCAAACAAGGAUUUGGGAACAUCCAUGGACAUGGAAGUGUCACUGCCCAAGGCCAGAGCUGAGGCCACACUGCCCUCCCUGGAAAGGAAGGUGCGAGUACCAGAGGGUGCCAUCCAGGUGCCCACUGCUGAUAUUGACCUCCAUGGGGGAGACCUGGAAGUGUCCCUCCCUGAGGGAGAGGUGGCUGUGUCCGGGCUUAAGGGUAAAGCAGAAGGGGUCAGGAUCAAGAGCCAGCUGCCCAAAAUGCAGAUGCCGAGCCUCAAGAUGCCCAAGGUGGACAUCAAGGCCCCCCAGGUGGAUAUCAAGGCCCCCCAGGUGGACAUCAAGGGGCCCAAACUGGACCUGAAAGGGGCCAAGGGGGAGGUGAGCAUCCCCGAUGUGGAGAUGUCCCUGCCCAGCAUGGAGGUGGACGCCCAGGUGCCCGGUUCCAAGGAGGAGGCUGACCAGUCCCUGGGAGACAAGGAGGUAGCCACCAGAGACAGCAAGUUCAAGAUGCCCAAGUUCAAGAUGCCGUCCUUCAGCACGUCGGCGCCAAGCAAGGAUUUGGGAAUAUCCGUGGAUGUGUCAGUGCCCAAGGUCGGAACUGAAGCCACCCUGCCCUCCCUGGGAGGGGAGGUGAGAGCCCCCGAGGGUGCCGUCCAAGUGGCCACUGCUGAUAUUGACCUCCCAGGUGGAGAGCUGGAGGUGUCCCUCCCCGAGGGAGAGGUGGCUGUGUCCGGGCUGAAGGGCAAAGCAGAAGGGGUCAAGAUCAAGAGCCAGCUGCCCAAAAUGCAGAUGCCCAGAAUGAAGAUACCCACGGUGGAUAUCAAGGUCCCCCAGGUGGACAUCAAGGCCCCCCAGGUGGACAUCAAGGGACCCAAACUGGACCUGAAGGGCGCCAAAGGGGAGGUGAGUGCCCCCGACAUGGAGGUGUCCCUGCCCAGCGUGGAGGUGGACGCCCAGGUUCCCGACGCCAAGCUGGAGGCUGACCAGUCCCUGGGAGACAAGGAGGUGGCCGCCAGAGACAGCAAGUUCAAGAUGCCCAAGUUCAAGAUACCGUCUUUUGGCGCGUCGGUGCCAAGCGAGUCCUUUGAAGUGUCUGUGGACCCGUCCCUGCCCAAGGUACAGGCUGAGGUUUCCAUGCCCUCUAUCCAGACUGACAUCAAGACCAGUGAAGUAACCUUUGAGCGGCCAUCUGCCGACCUAGAUGUCAAGACUGCAUUGGUCGGCCUGAAGAUCCCUGAGGGCCAAGUGCCCGAGGGGGAGCUCCAGGAACCCUCGGCCUCAGGCAGACUCAAAGGGCACCUGCCCAAGGUGCAGAUGCCCAGCGUCAAAAUGCCCAAAGUGGACUUCAAGGCCCCCCAGGCGGACAUCAGGGGGCCCAAACUGGACCUGAAGGGCGCCAAAGGGGAGGUGAGCACCCCCGACAAGGAGGCGUCCCUACCUGCCGUGGAGGUGGACACCCAGGUGCCCAGCACAAAGGGGGAGGCUGACCUGUCCAUGGGAGACAAGGAGGUGGCCACCAGAGACAGCAAGUUCAAGAUGCCCAAGUUCAAGAUGCCUUCCUUCGGCAUGUGGGUGCCAAGCAAGGAUUUGGGAACAUCUAUGGACGUGGAUGUGUCACUGUCCAAGGCCAGAGCCGAGGCCACACUACCCUCCCUGGGAAAGGAGGUGCGAGCCCCAGAGGGCGCCAUCCAAGUGCCCACUGCUGAUAUCGACCUCCCUGCGGAAGAGCUGGAGUUGUCCGUCCCUGAGGGAGAGGUGGCUGUGACCGGGCCAAAAGGUAAAGCAGAAGGGGUCAAGAUCAAGGGCCAGCUGCCCAAAGUGCAGAUGCCGAGCCUCAAGAUGGACAUCAAGGACAUCAAGAUGCCCAAGGUGGACAUCAAGGCCCCCCAGGUGGAUAUCAAGGGGCCCAAACUGGACCUGAAAGGUGCCAAAGUGGAGGUGAGCACCCCUGAAGUGGAGAUGUCUCUGCCCAGCAUGGAGAUGGACGCCCAGGUUCCUGGUGCCAAGGUGGAGGCUGACCUGUCCCUGGGAGACAAGGAGGUGGCCGCCAGAGAUAGCAAGUUCAAGAUGCCCAAGUUCAAGAUGCCAUCCUUCAGCUCGUCGGUGCCAAGCAAGGAUUUGAGAACAUCUGUGGAUAUGUCAGGGCCAAAGGUCGGAGUCGAGGCCACCCUGCCCUCCCUGGGAAGGGAGGUGUUAGCCCCAGAAGGUGACGUCCUAGUGGCCACUGCUGAUAUCAACCUACCGGGGAGUGAGCUGGAGGUGUCCCUCCCCGAGGGAGAAGUGGCUGUGUCUGGGCUGAAGGGCAAAGCAGAAAGGUUUAAUAUCAAGGGUCAGCUGCCCAAUGUGCAGAUGCCCAGCCUGAAGAUGCCUACGGUGGACAUCAGGGCCCACAAGGUGGACAUCAAGGCUCCCCAAGUGGACAUUAAGGGGCCCAAACUGGACCUGAAGGGUGCCAAAGAGGAGGUGAGAGCCCCCGAUGUGGAAGUGUCCCUGCCGAGCUUGGAGGUGGAUGCCCAGGUGCCCGAAGCCAAGCUGGAGGCUGACCUGUCACCGGAAGACAAGGAGGUGGCCACCAGAGACAGCAAGUUCAAGAUGCCCAAGUUCAAGACGCCGUCCUUUGGCGCGUCGGCACAAAGCAAGGAUUUGGGAACAUCUGUGGAUGUGGAAGUGUCAAUGCCCAGUGUCAGAGCCAAGGCCACGCUGCCCUCCCUGGGAAGGGAAGUGCAAGACCCAGAGGUUGCCGUCCAAGUGCCCACUGCUGAUAUCAACCUCCCUGUGGAAGAGCUGGAGGUGUCCCUCCCCGAGGGAGACGUGGCUGUGUCUGGGCUGAAGGACAAAGCAGAAGGGGUCAAGAUCAAGGGCCAGCUGCCCAAAGUGCAGAUGCCGAGCCUCAAGUUGCCCAAGGUGGACAUCAAGGCCCCCCAGGUGGAUAUCAUGGCCCCCCAAGUGGACAUCAGGGCUCCCAAAAUGGACCUAAACGGUGCCAAAGGGGAGGUGAGUGCUCCCAAAGUGGAGGUGUCCCUGCCCAGCGUGGAGGUGGACACCCAGGUGCCCAGCGCCAAGGUGGAGGCCGACCUGUCCCUGGGAGACAAGGAGGUGGCCGCCAGAGACAGCAAGUUCAAGAUGCCCAAGUUCAAGAUGCCGUCCUUUGGCGCGUCAGCACAAAGCAAGGAUUUGGGAACAUCCAUGGACAUGUCCCUGCCCAAGGUCGGAGCCGAGGCCACAUUGCCCUCCCUGGGAGGAGAGGUGCGAACCCCAGAGGGUGCCGUCCAAGUGCCCACUGCUGAUACCGACCUCCCGGGGGGAGACCUGGAGGUGUCCCCCCCCGAGGGAGAGGUGGCUGUGUCCGAGCUGGAGGGCAAAGCAGAAGGGGUCAAGAUCAAGGGCCAGCGGCCCAAAGUGCAGAUACCCAGCCUCAAGAUGCCUAUGGUGGACAUCAAGGCCCCCCAGGUGGACAUCAAGGGGCCCAAACUGGACCUGAAGGGCGCCAAAGGGGAGGUGAGCGCCACCAACGUGGAGGCGUCCCUACCCACCUUGGAGGUGGACGCCCAGGUGCCCGGUGCCAAGGUGGAAGCUGACCUGUCCAUGGGAGACAAGGAGGUGGCCGACAGAGACAGCAAGCUCAAGAUGCCCAAGUUCAAGAUGCCGUCCUUCGGCACGUCGGCGCCAAGCAAAGAUUUGGGAACAUCCAUGGACGUGUCCCUGCCCAAGGUAGGAGCCAAGGCAACACUGCCCUCCCUGGGAGGGGAGAUGAAAGCCCCAGAUGGUGCUGUCCAAAGGCCCACUGCUGAUAUUGACCUCCCUGGGGGAGAGCUGCAGGUGUCCCUCCCGGAGGGAGAGGUGGCUGUGUCCGAGCUGAAGGGCAAAGCAGAAGGGGUCAAAUUCAAGGGUCAGCUGCCCAAAGCACAGAUGCCCAGCCUGAAGAUGCCCAAGGUGGACAUCAAGGCCCCCCAGGUGGAUGUCAAGGUCCCCCAGGUGGACAUCAAGAGGCCCAAACUGGACCUGAAAUGCACCAAAGGGGAGAUUAGCUCCCCCGACAUGGUGGUGUCCCUGCCCAGAGUGGAGGUGGAUGCCCAGGUGCCUGGCACCAAGGUGGAGGCUGACCUGUCCCUGGGAGACAAGGAGGUGGCCGCCAGAGACAGCAAGUUCAAGAUGCCCAAGUUCAAGAUGCCGUCCUUCGGUGCAUCAGCGCCAAGCAAGUCCUUGGAAGCCCCUGUGGAUGCAUCCCUGCCAAAGGUACAGGCUGAGGUUUCCAUGUCCUCUAUCCAGGCUGACGUCAAGACCUGUGACAUGACCAUUGAGCUGCCAUCUGCCGACCUAGACAUCAAGACUGGGUUGGUGGGCCUGAAGAUCCCUGAGGGCCAAGUGCCCGAGGGGGAGCUCCAGGAACCCUCGGCUACAGGCGGACUCAAAGGGCACCUGCCCAAGAUGCAGAUGCCCAGCAUCAAAAUGCCCAAAGUGGACUUGAAGACCUCCCAGGUGGACAUCAAGGGGCCCAAACUGGACCUGAAGGGCGCCAAAGGGGAGAUGAGUGCUCCCGAAGUGGAGGUGUCCCUACCCAGCGGGGAGGUGGAUGCCCAGGUGCCCCGCACUAAGGUGGAAGCUGACCUGUCCAUGGGAGACAAGGAGGUGGCCACCAGAGACAGCAAGUUCAAGAUGCCGUCAUUUGGCACAUCGGCACCUAGCAAGGAUUUGGGAACAUCCGUGGACAUUUUGGUACCCAAGGUCGGAGCCAAAGCCACACUGCCCUCCCUGGGAGGAGAGGUGCGAGCCCCAGAGGGUGCCGUCCACGUGCCCACUGCUGAUAUCGACCUCCCGGGCGGAGAGCUGGAGGUGUCCCCCCCCCGAAGGAAAGAAGGGGUCAAGAUCAAGGGCCAGCUGCCCAAAGUGCAGAUGCCGAGUCUCAAGAUGCCCAAGAUGGACAUCAAGGCCCCCCAGGUGGACAUCAAGGCCUCCCAGGUGGACAUCAAGGGGCCCAAACUGGACCUGAAGGGCGCCAAAGGGAAGGUGAGCACCCCCGACAUGGAGGUGUCCCUACCCACCGUGGAGGUGGACGCUCAGGUGUCCAGUGCCAAGGUGGAGGCUGACCUGUCCCUGGGAGACAAGGAGGUGGCUGCCAGAGACAGCAAGUUCAAGAUGCCCAAGUUCAAGAUGCCGUCCUUUGGCGCGUCGGCGCCAAGCAAGUCCUUGGAAGCCUCUGUGGACGCGUCCCUGCCCAAGGUCCAGGCUGAGGUUUCCAUGCCCUCCAUCCAGGCCGACGUCAAGACCAGUGACGUGACCAUUGAACUGCCAUCUGCCGACCUAGACAUCAAGACUGCCUCGGUGGGCCUGAAGCUUCCUGAGGGGCAAGUGCCCGAGGGGGAGCUCCAGGAACCCUCGGCCUCAGGCAGACUCAAAGGGCACCUGCCCAAGGUGCAGAUGCCCAGCAUCAAAAUGCCCAAAUUGGACAUCAUGGGGCCCAAACUGGACCUGAAGGGUGCCAAAGGGGAGGUGAGCACCCCCGACGUGGAGGUGUCCCUACCCACCGUGGAGGUGGAUGCCCAGGUUCCUGAGGCCAAGGUGGAGGCUGACCUGUCCGUGGGAGACAAGGAGGUGGCCGCCAGAGACAGCAAGUUCAAGAUGCCCAAGUUCAAGAUGCCGUCCUUCGGUGUGUCAGCGCCAAGCAAGGAUUUGGGAACAUCUGUGGACCUGGACGUGUCAGUGCCCAAGGUCGGAGCCAAAGCCACACUGCCCUCCCUGGGAGGAGAGGUGCGAGCCCCAGAGGGUGCCGUCCAAGUGCCCACUGCUGAUAUCAACCUCCCUGGGGAAGAGCUGGAGGUGUCCCUUCCCGAGGGAGAGGUGGCCGUGUCUGGGCCGAAGGGCAAAGCAGAAGGGGUCAAGAUCAAGGGCCAGCUGCCCAAAGUGCAGAUGCCGAGCCUCAAGAUGCCCAAGGUGGACAUCAAGGCCCCCCAGGUGGACAUUAAGGGGCCCAAAGUGGACCUGAAAGGCGCCAAAGGGGAGGUGAGCGCCCCCGACGUCGAGGUGUCCCUGCCCAGUGUGGAGGUGAGCGCCCAGGUGUCCAGUGCCAAGGUGGAGGCCGACCUGUCCCUGGGAGACAAGGAGGUGGCUGCCGGAGACAGCAAGUUCAAGAUGCCCAAGUUCAAGAUGCCGUCCUUUGGCACGUCGGCGCCAAGCAAGUCCUUGGAAGCCUCUGUGGAUGCGUCCCUGCCCAAGGUCCAGGCUGAGGUUUCCAUGCCCUCUAUCCAGGCCGACGUCAAGACCAGUGACGUGACCAUUGAGCUGCCAUCUGCCCACCUAGACGUCAAGACUGCCUCGGUGGGCCUGAAGCUCCCUGAGGGUCAAGUGCCCAAGGAGGAGCUCAAAGAACCCUCAGCCGCAGCCGGACUCAAAGGGCACCUGCCCAAGGUGCAGAUGCCCAGCAUCAAAAUGCCCAAAGUGGACUCCAAGGCCCCCCAGGUGGACAUCAAGGGGCCUAAACUGGACCUGAAUCAGGAUGCCAAAGGGGAGGUGAGCGCCCCUGACGUGGAGGUGUCCCUGCCCACCGUGGAGGUGGAUGCCCAGGUUCCUGUUGCCAAGCUGGAUUCAUCUUCUGGGGAGGUUGAAGUGUUUUCCAAAGCAGCCAAGUUUAAAUUUCCUAAAAUCAGCAUUUCCUCCUCUCGAACCUCCCCCAGUAAGCCUUCCCUGGUCUCUCCAGGGCUUGACAUUCCUGAUAAAGUUACCCAGAAUUCGCUCUCCUCAGGCCUCAGAGAUCCAGUUGUCUCUGGUGGUGAUCAGCACGCUUUCCAUAUGGAAGGUGAUGUCGCCUUGUCGGUUGGAAAAGAAGGAGAAAAAAGCAAAAGCAAAAAGUCCCAUUUUAAAUUGCCCAAAGUCUUCUCUCCACCAGGGAAAGCAGAUAAAGGCUUUGUAGCUUCUGCAGAGGAAACUGAGGUCCCUUUGCCUGUGAGGGCCUCGGCGUCCCCCUUAGAGUCAGGACAUGGGGAGCCCCUGGGGACGCCUGUGGCUUCCGUGGAGACUUCCCUGCCGCUGUCCAGGCCGGGCUGGCUCAGUGGUCCCCAUGGGGAAUCAUCCUGCCUCAGUCCCAGUGAGGGUGUCACACUUACAAAAUACCAGGUGACCGUCCCCAGAGGCCCCGUCCCUUCCGAGCUGCCUUGUGAAACCCCAUCCAGGUCCCAGUUGCACGCUCAGCUUCCCAGCAUGGCAGGUGCAGGCGACCUCCCGUCCAGUGAGAGCAUUCUACUGUCCCAGCCUGACGGUCACACGAGCCCCGUGGACAUUGUACUUCCCGAAUCUUAUGGCCGGGUGACUUUUCCUAAAUUCCAUCGACCAAAGUUCCGACUGUCACUGCCAACAUCAGCCGCUGCAGUGGUGGAGCCUGGAGCUGCCGAGCGUGCACCCCCCACGUCCCCACCACUCGCUGCACAGGGACUGGACUCCUCCGUGGAGGAAGCCACGGCGUUCCCAGUGCCAGAGGGUCAUCUGCCACCUGCAGGUGUCUCUGCGUCCACGGUGGCAGAGGGACAGGCAGGCACUGCGGGGACGUCAGCAGUGGCCCCAGAGGAAGCCCCAGCUGAAGGUGCGGGGCGCAAGGGCAAAGGCAGGCCCGUGACAGCCCCGAGGCUCAAGCUUCCCUCCUUCAGCUGGUCCCCGAAGAAGGGGGCGGAGUCCAAAGCAGACCCUGGACACAGCCCGGCUGUCACUGCAGAUGCUCUGGGCAGCCCGCCCAGGGGUCCCGUUACACCUGCAGAAGCUGGUGCAGAUGUGUCUCUCGGGAAGGACGGAGAGGCGGGAGCAGUCAGGACACCAGCCCUUGCCCAGCUGAAGGUCGCACCUCCCGGAAUGGAGGCUUCCACACGGGGGGCCGGCCUGCCCCGGGGAGACCCAGGCCUGGCCCUUGCCGGCUCCACAGACACGGCCAGUGGUAAGGGUGGUGUUGGAGGUGCUGGCACGGCCGCAGGCCCCCCAGAAGGAGCGGAUGUGAGCCUCCACCUCCCGGAGGCCCCUGUUCCCAGCGCGGGCUUUGUGAAACCUGACCUCAGCCCCGGGGAUGCCACGGUAGAGGGGAGCCUGUCUACAGGCCACCUUCCUCUUCCCAAACACGGCCUGUCUCUCAGGGACAGCACCCAAGAGCACGGGCCUGGGGACAGCUCAGCAAGCCAGCUCUGUGGGGACGUGAUGGCCUCUUUGGUGGAAGACCCCCUUCAGCCAUCCCCAGCGGUGGGGAGCCCAGAGAGGGAUGCAGCCGUGGGAGAAGCACCAGCGGGCUCCAGGGAGAGCUGGUUUAGGAUGCCCUCACUCCGCCUGCCCGGCUUCGGACGCCCCCACAAAGAGCGGGUGGGCUCUGCCGGGCUGGGGGCUCAGAGGCCCGCGCCGGUGACGGCCGGUGUGCAAGGGGAAGGAGAGGCCGUGGUUGGGAUGCAGAGUCCGGAUGCCUGUGCACCUGCGUCAGAGGUGGACGCUGCUAAGUCCCUGCAGCCCCCCGAGGCUGGUGCAGAUGGGGCAGCUGUAGGCAGCCCGGCUUCCUCCUAUGCAGAUGUUCUUCGGAGGGAUCUUGAUCUUCACGCCUCUGUGGGGCCAUCAGCUUCCGAGGUCAGGGUCCGGCCGGGCGCAGGCUCCCUGCCCCUCCAGCUGCAUGGGGUGCUUGCAGAGCCCCGCGGCCCUCCAGGAGAAGCAGGUGAGCCCCUUCUUCCUGGGCCAGCAGGCCAGGGCCUGGGCAGAAGGGCCCAGGGGGCAGAGGGGCCGCCUUCCCAGCCUGAGGGCCCUGUCAGACUGAGGGCUUCCAGUACGGAUGUGCCAUCCCAGGUUUCUGUAGUCAACGUGGGUCAAGUCUGGGAAGACUCUGUGCUACGUGUCCAGUUCCCCAAGUUAAAGGUACCGAGGUUCAGCUUCCCGGCCCCCAGCUUGGAGCCUGACAUUUUCGUGCCCAGUGUGAGAGAGUUGUCAUCCUGCCCGCAGAGCGGUCCUGACACAGCCCUGCUGGAACAAAGCCCUAGCGGGCGGGGCACCAGCAUCCCGAAGGCCCCCGUGGCCCUCGGCCUCUCCUCGGAAGCUGCCCCCAUUUGUAAGGUCAGAGUGCACAUUCAGGGCGCGGAGGCUGCCAGCCGCAAGGUGGCCGUGCACAGCACGGUGACCGCCGGGUACACCGAGCUCUCGGGGCCCGAGGCCUUUCCCACCCAGAUCGUGCAGGAGUCAGAGGUCCCCGCAUCGGAGACCCAAACACCUUCCCGUGGGUUUUCCUUGCUGAAGGGGAGGGUCCCAGAACCCCCCCCUCGGGCGCGGGUGCACCUGGUGACCACAGAGUGCGGGCUGAGGGGGCGCCUUCGAGAGGCUCAGGAACCCGUCCCAGGAGCAGACCCCGUUUCUGGAGACCUCCAGCCUGACACCGGAGAGCCUUUUGAAAUUAUCUGUCCCAGUGUAGACAUGCCGGGACCGCCAGCGUGUUCAUCUGACCUUCACUCUGGCCAUGGGCGUGCCGACAGCUGUUCUGACGAGGAGCCCGCGGAAAUCCUCGAAUUCCUGCCGGAGGAGGGCCAGGAGGCAGAGGAGGCCGAGGCUCCCAAAGCAAAACCUGAAGGGAGAAGGUCCUCUGGUCUGUUCCGGUUUUGGCUCCCGAGCAUCGGGUUUUCUUCCUCGGCCUCCGAGACAAGUGCCGAUUCCCAGGCCGAUGCCCAGAGACCAGCUCCCGUGCAGACCCAGCCCGAGGCGCAGACCCCUCCCUCGCAGGAGAAGGGGGGCUGGUUCCGGUUUCCUAAGUUGGGGUUCUCCUCCUCCGCCACCAAGAAAAGCAAAAGUGAGGAAGAGGAGGUGAGUCUGGCCGAGCAGAGUCUCCAAGAGGAGGCAGGUACCUUCUAUGACGCGCGAGAAAGCUUCUCCCCAGAAGAGACAGGAGCAGGGGAGCUGGCGGAGGCCGCGGGCGCCAGGCGGGGCUCCGGCACCAUGGUGACCUCCGCGGCGAGAACCGAGCUGAUCCUGCUGGAGCAGGACGGAGCCGCCAGCCAGCAGUCUGCACCCAGGCCCGCCACCAAAUGAGGGCCGGGAAGGGGUGACUGUUCCGCAGAGGACAGACGCCCGCACCAAGUCCCGAAGCAGAACCCCGGCCACACGGAGCUCCCAUCCCGACCACGCCGGUGUCCACGGCGUCCACCGCACUCCCGGACGCGGUACACCAGCCGGGCAACCGCCACGCAGCCCUCCAACGGGGCGGGGGGCCGAGCUGUGGAGCGUGCCGGCUGAGCCAGCUUCCUCCAUGGCCGCUUGGGGCGGGUGAGCCGGCGGAGGUCUGCACCGUCCCGUGCUCGCACAGCCCCCACGUGCCGCUGUGCCCCCCACUGCACACGCUUCAGCCAGGCUGCCGGUGGAACCGCCCCCCCCAGUGGACAAUAAAGGACAAGACACAUCCCACAGCAC